GCGGUGACUCUUCACUCCUUUAUCCUCUCUGGGCUCUUUCGUGAUUCCACCUUUUCUGUUCCGGGGUGCAGUUCGGUUCUUCUCCCGUUGUGAACGGGUUUCAUUUGGCUCCGAUACUCGACCCGGUACCAGCACCGGGACCAGGAUUACAAACUCACUGUAAAGACCUCACAGAGAGGAUCUUUUUGCCGUAUUUUCUCCACUUUCUUUCACCUGUUCCCGCGGAAAGAAGCACCUGUCGCACCUGAGGGAACAGAGAGGAGCUGGAGAAGGAAUACUCCUAAAAACACAUUUUAUAAAAGAGGGACAAACUAACUUGUAAUCAACAUGGAUUUAAUGGAUUCAGGAGAGAAGUUCAAACCGAGACAGGACCCGGACUGGGACGCCGCCACGCUGUUCCUCCCGGCCUCCGACCCCGAACACCUGCAGAAGAAGCCGGGUCAGACAAGGCGGAUGUGGGUGGGGGCCGGCCUCCUGUUGGCUGCUGCUGCUGUCGCUCUCAUCACCGGACUGCUGGUCUGGCACUUCCACUUGCGCAGAGACGUCCGGGUGCACAAGGUUAUCAUCGGCUUGAUGGGGAUCGACAACCAGCCGUUUUUUGCCGAGUACGAAGAUCCAGAAAACCCCAAAUUCACUCACCUGGCCUCUCUGGUCACGAAGCAGCUGAAACUCAUUUACUCCAAAAACUCGGUGCUCGCCAAAUGCUUUAAAGGCUCCACAGUGCAGGCCUUCAGCGAGGGAGACGGCGGCACGGACAGCGUCAUCGCGUAUUAUCAGUCAGAGUUCGACGUCCACGUCAACCAGCAGGAGGCGCUGGACGAGGCCAUCGAGUCCCUGCAUCCUGCUGAGUCCAGUCGUUCCAAACAACAAGGACGCAUCCUGCUGAAGCCUGCAGACGCUCUGAACGUCCACAACGUCGUGUCACGAGCUAUAGACCCACGCUUGAACAGGGAAUCCUUAUUCGUGAAAAAGUCCUUUAACCUCCACGUCAGUCAGCCGGGGGUGGUCCUGUCUCCGGGGUUUCCGGACUCUUCGUACCCUCCGAACGUCUUCCUGCAGUGGAGGCUCCGUGCAGACCCCGGGCACCGAGUCCUGCUGGACUUCCAGACCCUGAUCCUGGAGGACGACUGCAACCAGGACUUCAUCCAGAUCUACGACUCCCUCGCCCCCAUCGGGCAACGCGUCCUCACUGAACAGUGUGGAUUUCCUCACGGCUCUCUGUCCUUCAUCUCGUCUGGAAACGUCCUCCUGCUGACUCUGAUCACCAGCGAGCAGAAAAACUUCCCCGGAUUCAGAGCCAACUACUCCCAGAUCCCCCUCACCCAGCAAAAGUGUGGAGGAGCGCUGACUGCAGACAGAGGCUCCUUCUCCUCGCCCUUCUACCCCUCCAACUAUCCUCCGAAAACCACGUGCGAGUGGACCAUCGAGGCUCCAAAGGAGAAGUUCUUAAAGGUUCAGUUCAACAAGUUCUAUCUGGGGAAAUACAGCAGCCAGUGCCAGAACGAUUACGUGGAAGUCAACGGUCAGAGACUGUGUGGCAGUAAAUUAAGGAACACCGUGGUCACGAGCCGGAGCAACAAGAUGACGAUCAAUUUCAAAUCGGACUCGUCUUUCGUGGACCAGGGAUUCACCGCCGAGUACGAAGCGUUCGUCCCGAAUAACCCGUGUCCGGGGAGGUUUCAGUGCACCAGCAACCUGUGCAUCAACCAGACGCUGCAGUGCGACGGCUGGAACGACUGCGGGGACAGCAGCGACGAGGACAACUGCCAGUGCGUGGAGGCUCAGAUGAAGUGUAAAAACGGACGCUGCAAACCCAAGUUCUGGGAGUGUGACGGCUUUGACGACUGUGAAGACUACACUGAUGAGGAGAACUGUGUAAAAUGCAAACCUGGAGAGUUUCACUGCAGAAACAACCGCUGCAUCCCCGAGAAUUUGAAGUGCAACGGAGAGGAUGACUGCACGGACGGAUCGGAUGAGUCCAAGUGUGAAAAAUCUCUGGUGCUGCAGAAGUGUUCAGAGUUCACUUUCCGCUGCGCUAACGGACGCUGCAUCAGUAAACUGAACCCGCAGUGUGACGGAGAGCCGGACUGUGAGGACGGAUCUGAUGAGGACAACUGUGCGUGCGGGACGCGGCCGUACCACAACUCUCGUAUUGUGGGGGGUCAGGCGUCCCGGGAGGGGGAGUGGCCCUGGCAGGUCAGCCUCCACAUCCGGGGGACGGGUCACGUCUGCGGGGCGUCGGUGCUGAGCAACCGCUGGCUGCUGACCGCCGCACACUGUGUGCAGGACAGCGGACCCAACAAGUACUCCGAGGCGAGCCAUUGGGAGGCCUUGCUGGGUCUGCAUUUUCAGAAUCAGAUCAGCAAGUGGACGAUGAGGAGGAACGUGAGGCGGAUCGUCGCUCACCAGGACUACAACACCUUCACCUACGACAACGACGUGGCUCUGAUGGAGCUGGACUCCAACGUCACGCUCAACCAGAACAUCUGGCCCAUCUGCCUGCCCUCGCCCACCUACGACUUCCCAGUGGGCCAAGAGGCGUGGAUCACCGGCUGGGGCGCUACCAGAGAGGGAAGUAUCACUGCGACCAUCCUGCAGAAGGCGGCGGUUCGGAUCAUCAACAGCACGGUGUGUAAGGGUCUGCUGGAGGACGUGGUCACCGACAGGAUGCUGUGUGCCGGGGUCCUCAAAGGAGGCGUGGACGCCUGUCAGGGUGACUCCGGGGGUCCGCUGUCCAUCACCGGCUCCAAUGGGCGGGUCUUCCAAGCCGGUGUGGUGAGCUGGGGCGACGGCUGCGGUCGCAGGAACAAACCCGGCGUCUACGCCCGGGUCACCAAAUUCCGCAGCUGGAUAAAGGAGAACUCAGGAGUGUAGAGGAAGGGUAUUCCUCAAGGAUAUUUAUACCUGGAGCUCAAUGACUCUUUUUUUUAUUGAAAGACGCAGUGACACCUGUGAGACAGACUUUCAUUUUAGAGGUUUUUUAUUAAGUUUACAGAUCUUCUAUAAAUCAACAGAGCAGUUUGGAGGAAGCUGCUCUCUUCUUCUGCAACUAAAACACUUUUCAGACAAACAUGAUAUGGUUCAUGUUGGGGAGCAGGGAGAUGUAUAUAUUUUGCUAUAAAAUACUUUAUUAGAACAAAUGUUGAUGUUUGUUUGUAACCGAAACUCUUGAAGUGUUUCCUCUUGAUGCUCAGUGGUGAAAUGUAAUUAUGUACUUUAACUUCAAUACUGUACUUGAGUACACAUUUAAGGUACUUUACGUGAGUAUUUCCAUUUACUGCUACUUGAACUUCACGACAUCUCAGGGUACUUUUUACUCCUACAUUUCUCUGGCAGCCUUGGCUUGUGUUCUUUCCCCCUAUUUCCUAUUUGUUGCUUUCUUAUUGAACCGGCUAUUUUAUUGACAUACAUAGAAGUAGAAUAUAUUUUACGUGUGAUGAUUACACCAAUAGAUUUAGAUGAUUUAUCAAUAAUUAUCAUCUUGUUAUUGGAAUAAAUGAUGCACUGUAUAUAGCAUCAUUCUCUUUGUCACCAGAGCAAAAGCACAAAUGACUUCAUGCUUGCAACGCUUCUUCAGGUAGGAUCCAGAUAACUGCCGACAAGAAGCGCUUUCUCAGGAGUUGCUGUGUUGUGUUGUGUUGUGUUGUCCUUCCCUGUGUUUGAGAUCCUAAAAUGUUCAGUUUUUGUUACAUUUCUUCUUUUUAAUCCUGUGUUUUGCCCUGUUUGUGGAUACACCUUUUCUGUAUUUAUUGUGUACAAAGUUUCCUCCUCCACCUGUCUCUAAGGUUGGGUUGCAGGAUUAUUGAAAACUUUACAGAUAUAGUAAUAAAAUGAAAAGGAUUCUAAACACAA